GGGCGGACUGACCAUUUGGAAACUCGGGCACUGCCUGAGGGCCUGGGGUCAGUAGGGGGCCCCAUGAGAUACCCCUGGUACCUUUUUCAUAGGCUUUUUUGAGUUUGGGCAAGGACACAGUUGCCCCAUGAUCCACUAUUGCCCAGGGGCCCCAUGAGUUGUCAGUUCGCCCCUGCUUUCGCCCCUGAUUCUCUGUGAUAAGCAAACAAUGAGCAUCAAUAGAUGGACCUGUUUGCUUCGUCCCUUCCC